CAGACAGCUGACGACAGGAACACCCCAGCACUACAGUAUCUUAUAUAUCACUACACCGUGAGCUUCUCCUGCAACAGUCCAAGUAAGUGCCCCCCUCCACCUCUCUGCUCUGACACUUUGCUGGCUGAGCAGGUGUUGUUGUGAUCGGGGCUGUAUUACUGGAGGAGGGAGUUGUGUAAAGGAGGGAGAGUGAUGGGAAACUGACCAUGAAGGAUAAAGAUCAAAUGCAAACACAGAGCAGAUAGAAGUGUAAGACAGAGAGAGAGAGACAGAUAUCAGGAUCAUCCAGCAAUAAGAUAAGGUGAAUCGAAGCUGACAACACCCCUUUGUGGAAGACAUGGCAGAAAAACUACAAGAGAACACAAGUUACAAGGGUGGCAAGGAGGUGCAUGACAAUGGUGGUCCUCAUGAGCAUGGAGUGUCUACUCGUGGGCGGGUCCUGGAGAUAAGACAUGUACAACAAGAUGUAAAAUGCCCCUCGGAUAAUGAGAAUCACAGCUCUCCUCCUGCAUCACCAUUGCCUCCCCCCAUAUUUCUAUAUCCAGGAGCCAGAAAGCAAAAGCAGCCUUCCAAAUCUAGCCCAUCAAAUUUGUUUGGGGCCACAGGGGCCCACUCACCCAAGGAGCAAAGCCCUUCUUCUGCACAGUAUUCCUACUCGCCUUCAUCUCAGCCAUGCAUCUCCGAUUUACCCUCACCUGGAGCAAGUGGACUUUCUCCAUCCUCUUCACUACAGCUCAUGAUGAUGAUGAUGAAUUACUCUGGCCCAGGAGGCAUAAACAACAGCAAUGACAAAGGCCAAAAAAAUCCCAACUAUCUAAUGGCCAACGAGAGGAUGAACCUUAUGAACAUGGCAAAGCUGAGCAUAAAGGGCCUAAUUGAGUCGGCGCUGAAUUUAGGCAGGACCCUGGACUCGGAUUACGCACCUCUGCAGCAGUUCUUUGUGGUGAUGGAGCACUGCCUCAAGCAUGGGCUAAAAGCAAAGAAGACUUUCCUUGGGCAAAAUAAAUCAUUUUGGGGGCCUCUGGAAUUGGUAGAGAAGCUAGUGCCGGAAGCCUCAGAAAUCACAGCCAGUGUAAAGGACUUACCGGGACUUAAGACACCUAUCGGUAGAGGCCGAGCCUGGCUCCGCUUAGCCCUGAUGCAGAAGAAGCUGUCCGAAUACAUGAAAGCCCUGAUAAACAGAAAAGACCUCCUCAGUGAAUUUUAUGAACCAAAUGCACUAAUGAUGGAAGAAGAAGGAGCAAUCAUUUCCGGGCUUCUUGUGGGGCUCAAUGUGAUUGAUGCUAAUUUUUGUAUGAAAGGGGAAGACCUCGAUUCACAGGUUGGAGUAAUUGAUUUUUCGAUGUACCUAAAAGAGGGACCUAUAGCUAAAUGCAGUGAAGGGGAUGGUCAAAUAACGGCCAUUCUGGAUCAGAAGAACUACGUAGAAGAACUCAACAGACAGUUAAGCGCCACCGUAAACAACCUGCAGGCUAAGGUGGAUGCGUUGGAGAAGUCGAACACUAAGCUGACUGAAGAGCUCGCGGUAGCAAACAACAGGAUUAUAACCAUGCAGGAAGAAAUGGAAAGAAUGAAAGAUUCAUACUUCCUUGAGACAAACAAGGGAAAUAAACAAGAGCGAAGCGCAGAAGGACAGGCGCUCAGCGAGGCAAGGAAACACUUAAAGGAAGAGACUCAGCUCAGGCUGGACAUAGAGAAAGAACUGGAAGUACAGAUCGGGAUCAGACAAGAAAUGGAACUGGCCAUGAAGAUGUUGGAUAAGGAUGUUUGCGAGAAGCAAGAUGCACUAGCCGCACUCAGGCAGCAAUUAGAUGAUCUCCGAGCAUUAAAGAAUGAACUGACAUUAAAAAUGCAGAGCUCAGAUGUAGCAGUGAAACAGAAGAGUGAGUUAAACAGCCGCUUGGAGGAAAAGACCAAUCAAAUGGCUGCUACUAUAAAACACCUGGAGCAGAGAUUGCGAGUGGCGGAGAGAGAACGUCAGUCAGCUGAGGAAGCCAACCGGCUCUUCAAGCAAGAGUUUGGAGACAAGAUCGAGAGUCUACAGCUAGAAGUGGACCAGCUCAGGAAGCACCGAUCAAAGUAUGAGAUGGAAUUGAAGAAAGAAAGAAGCAGACGGUCUUCUGGUCAGAAUAAAGUAUCCCUCAACACUAAGAAUACUGUUUUUGGAAGCCAGCAAUCUCCUGUAAAGAGCCCUGUGAAAAUGGAUGUACAGCGUGAAGAAGUAGCGACGGUUGAGGAAGCUGUGGAUAGGGUGUCUGAAAAAAGUGAUCAGCAACCAAGCAAUUUGUCAGCUGGGUCAGUGAAUUCUGGAAAAGAGGAUCAAGAUUCAGAACGGCGGAAUCAAGAGAUGUGCCAGUUGUGUAAAGAGGAAGCCAGUAUCACACUUUCAAAGAAUGAAUGUAAGAAUUGCGGAGGUUUGUUUUGUUCCGCGUGUUCAGCCCAUGAACUUCCUUUGCCUUCAUCUAUCAAUCCUGAGAGAGUCUGUAACCCGUGCCAUGAGAGGCUGAUAGCCCAGUACUCCAACAGCCCUUCGUAAGGAACCUUAUCUGAAGAUGGACGUUGGCACAAUACUUGCUGUGUAUUUUACACGUGUUCCAGGAUCCAAGUGUGAUACAUCCAGCAACACUAACUGAAGAGGUCAACUAUGAGAAAGUUCCCUGGAAAAAUGAAA